GUGGGGGCCCUGCCAGUCCUGGAUCUGGACUCCGACGACGACGCCAUUGACCUGUCGGACCUGGGUGACGCCAUAUUCGGUAAUCCGGACAGCGAGACCACUGGCGUUCUAGUCGAUGCGCAUGAUGAGCAAUCCCCGCAGAAUCCCGAGGAGCUGGGCACCUACUACGAGGGCGAUAUUCUCAUUCCGCUGAGCUAUCGCGAGGAGCGUUCGAAUGGAAGUCGCAAUGGGAUCCUCGCACAGAGCUACCGCUGGCCGGCAGCUAUUGUGCCCUAUGAGAUCAAGGGACCCUUCACGACCCAGGAGCUGGGCAACAUCAAGCACGCCUUCAAGGAGUACCACACCAAGACCUGCGUGCGCUUCAAGCCGCGCACCAACGAAAAGGACUACAUAUCCAUUGGCAGCGGCAAGUCAGGCUGCUGGAGCAGCAUUGGUCGGCUGGGUGGACGCCAGGAGGUGAAUCUACAAUCGCCCAACUGCCUGCGCACCUACGGCACGCCCAUACACGAACUGAUGCAUGCCCUGGGCUUCUUUCACGAGCAGAAUCGCCACGAGCGGGACACGUACGUCAAGGUGAUGAGCGACAACAUCAAGCCCGAUAUGAUGGCCAACUUCGAGAAGGCCAGCGCACGCACACAGUCGGCCUUUGGCGUGGACUAUGAUUAUGCCAGCGUGAUGCAUUAUUCGAGCACCAGCUUCACGCGCAACGGGCAACCCACGCUGAAGGCGCUGCGUGCCGGAUCGGCGGCCAGUCAGAUGGGACAGCGCAAGGGUUUUUCUGCUGGCGAUGUGCGCAAAAUCAAUGCCAUGUACAAGUGCGCGGUGUAACGCUGAUCUGAUUUCGUUUAUUGGAAAAAUAUAAUAUAU